AUGGCCCCGGGCCAGCGGGCUCUGCUGCUGCUGCUGCCGCCUCUGCUGCUCCUGCUGCCGGCGACCCCUGCCCGGGUCUUCCCAGAUUACCAGUACUUCGGCCAGCGGGGCGGUGGUGACACUUGGGAACAACUACGACUAAACCAUCAAAAGGACUUGCAAGACUCGAUCCUCGGCCCGUGGGGAAGGUGGAGCUGUUUCUGCGACCUGGGCAAACAGGUGCGCAGCCGCGGCGUGCUGGGCACUGCGCCGGGCCCAGUGUUCCUGGACCGCGAGCACCUGGUCCAGCCCCAGAGUGCCCUGGGACGAGCCUGCCAAGCCCCCGUGCCCGCUGCACUAGGAAAAGACAGAGGCGCUUGGCGGUGGCAGCUGGGAACUACAAUUCCCGAGAGGCUGCGCGGCGUGGACGUCGGCGUGUGCUCCCGCGACGUCCGCGGCAGCGGGCGCGUCGGGGGCGUGUCUCGCGCGCCGAUUGGCUGAGCGCCGGCGCCCCCGCGGCCAGUAGCUACCUGCGCCUGCGAACGUACUUCGCGCGGCUGCUGGCGGCGGCGGCGGAGGC